AUCCAAAUGUAGUGACAACGAUACAUAAUCAAUGCAUGCCUCUCUAGCUAGCUACUUGGUUUCCAUACACUUUAAGUUCAACCUCCAUUCACUUAAUUCUCACCGGAUCUCAAACAUCUGCACCAUCAAUGGCUCCUGAGAAGGUAACCAUAAUGGUGCUGGAUGUUGACCUCAAGUGCUCCCAAUGCUACAAGAAGGUUAAGAAAAUCAUCAGGAAAAUCCCUGAAAUAAGGGAUCAGGAAUACGAGGUGUACAAUAACAAGGUGAAGAUCAUGGUCGUUUGCGGUAACCCUGAGAAGAUCCGUGAUAAACUCUGUUACAAGGGUGGAAACUCGAUUCAGAAGAUAGAUGUAAUUGCCGAAAAGCUGAAGGACCCGAAGCCUGCCGAUAAACCCAAAGAAAAAGGAGAUCACGCGCCGCCGGUUGUCAAGAAACCUGAUCCAAAACCGGAGAUGGCAAGAAUGGCGUCUGGGUAUCCACCACCAAAUUACCAUGUGGUCGGAUAUGGAUGCGAGUGUCAUGGUGGAGGCUACGUGGUACCACCACAGCCACCUGGAUACGGGUAUGGGUACGGGUCUGGAUAUGGACAUGUACGUGGAUAUGAUCAUGGGUAUAACGGAAAUGCAAGUCGUGAUCAUUAUUAUAGUGAAGAAAAUGCACAAGGAUGCUCCGUAAUGUAAAGCGGCGACGUGGAGGUUAAUAGUAUGUCAUGGAUACUUACUAGUUACUACUUACUACUUACUCAUGAAAAUAGAUGUGUAAUUAACUUAUUAUUAUGAGUAUCUACAGUUGUUUAUUAUUGAUUACAAAA